AUGUCGUUCCUCCACACUCAACCUCCAGAUCCUCAGAGGCAUGUUCAGCAUGUUUCAUCUUUGACCGCACCUAGAGUAUAUCGAACGAAUCCCUCACUGCAUCGAAACCAUAAUAGCAACGCGAGCAUAACAUCAAAUCCUACCCACACGCAGCAAGAUUCACAACAGGGUCGCGACGGGUUAGACUGCUGGCCCUCAGAUCCAGCGUUCAAUCUACCCGUUGCCAGUCCUGGGAUCCUCCAUCCGUCCGCGAAUCUAUUCAGCUUCGAGGAGGACACGACGUCCCAUCAUGAGUCCUCGUUUGACGACUUCUUGACAACGGAAUGCUCCUCAGACAACCACAUCAGUGAACAUACUACCCCACAAGAACUCAUCUGGGAGCGGCAAUUUGUCUCCCAAGAUCCAACCCGGCCUCAUAUACUGGACAACUACGGCCAUAGCGGAUUCUCGGCCAACAAGGUCCUCCUACACGGCACCGAUCUGGAAGCCUUCUACUCCGAGUCACAAGAAACCUUCCCGGACUUUGUCACUAGGCAAGAUUUGUCGGAUCCUAAGCUGGGCAUAUCUACAGCUCAUUCUCUUGAUAUAUCUAGGGAGACGCAGCCUAGUGGACAGGGCCAGGAUCAAUCCAUGGCCCGCACCUCUGCAUCAUUACCGCAGAAAACGCAAGUCUCCCCUACCCUGGAAGUCACCACAACUCCUGACCAUACUCCUUGCCCCAAUCAUGGGGUUGGUGCUCGGCAACGUCCCGCGCCCGAUAUGCGCGCACCCAGUCCUGUCGUCAUGGUGUCCAGUUACGAAGGGACAGGCGCAGACCGUGGUGCACAGCCGCACUUUGUUCAAAGUUCUAGUAAACGCAUUCGUGGGGCCGAGGGUGUUGGGGAUGAAGAUGACGUCGAUGCAAUUGAUCGUUCCGAACAUGGAGACAUCAAUGUAGACUCUUUUCACUUGAUGCCGCCUGGCCCUAUGGACACCAACAACGUGCGAAUCAACCCAACGCAUAGGACCGGACUGGAGCCUCCGCAGAGAAAAGACGAUGAGGUUUUGUCUAUAAAAGACAUCGAGGAACAGCGCCAACGGGAUGAACGUAACGCUGAGGUGCAAACUUGGCUUGAAACAAGCGACGCUGGUAGCGAGCCAGAACCCAAUACUUUGGCAGGCAACAUGCGCCGUUUAACGUCCUCAACCAGGCAUCGUGCCAAUACCACCGGCCACGUCGAUACGCUUGGCCGUGUCUACUCGGACAAGGAUAUCCCGGGGCCUGGGGUGCUUGUUGAGGUAGAUUCGGAGAGUGAGUAUUCCGAGGGAGCGUCUGUAACUUCGUCCCAGAUCGCAGGUCAUACUGAACAGAUUCUUGACGCUUACUGGAAUUCGGAGUCGCCUCACAUGUCGCCACGGGCUCUUGACAGCCGUGACUCGCCGGACAAGACUUCUUUCCCGGCGUUGGAGGAUGAAAUACCACCAGAGCUCCAGGAGCCGUUCCCGCGUCAGUUCUACAGGCGUACUCCAUGGCAAGACCCAGUGCGAGGUCCAAUCAGUGGUACGAGAGACCAGCCCAGUACAUCAAACGCGGCUGCCUACAAGUUCCAUCAAGAAGCAGCCAAGUGGGAGACGGCCUCGAGAGCGGCCACUUGGGGAACAGGACGUCGUCUUAGCGAAAGCGAAAUAAGGUCCAUCGUGGAAGGCAGUCAAGUACGGCACCUGUCACUCUCCAAGCGAGGCCGCGAACGAGGCAACAGCAUUCUGAGCAAGGCCCGGGGCCUGUUGCCGCGUCGCGGCAGCAGCAACACGAAGCCAGAACCGCCUGACUCAUAUCCCCAGUCUCCGCCAGAAGGACAUGCUCACCGAAGCUCGCUUGGUGCCAUCAAAGCCGCCCAGCGGAAACCCAGUUUCAGUAAUAAACCCAAAUCUCCUCCUCUGAACACAGGCAGCGCUUUAAUCGCAAUGACAGGCCAGCUGGCUGCAAUUGGCCGAGGCAAUCCAGUGACCCAGGAUGCCGACACCUAUAAGUCUUCAGGACCUUUGCAGGCCAUGAAGAAGCAACGCUCCAAGAGUGAUGUGUCCAAGCACGGAAAAUCCCCCACCCCCGGGUUGACGGAACUAAUGACGAGACACGGUGGACCACCUGUUCCAACACUUGCAUCGCCCAUGCAUGAGCGCGAACCAAUUGUGGCUGCGCAGGUGAUUGACAACGAAGAUGCUCCCGCGGAUGAUGACGAGGACGAUCAGACAGACGAGGUCGCCAUUCGGAUGGACCUUGAGAUCCGAGCAGAAGACAUCACGCCCACUUUGGAGGGAUUCAAAGACCACGCUCGCAGGCUGAACCCUCGGCUCGAGCCAUACCUGAUCGAGCGGAUUGGCCAAGAGCAGAUUCGACGGUACAAGAAGUUGGUGGAAACGAAGAUCAAACAUACUCGUGCUGUACAGACGAACAAUAAGUGCCCAUCCGGGAGGUUUUGUUUUGAUCUGGGUGGCGACGCCACACUUUUACCACCUCGGGCCAGCUCCAAAGACACGGAAGCAAGCCUGACCCAAUUCCAAGUCUGCAAUGCCGCCGACAUUGACAUCGACGAGUCGGGAUUUACGGAAGGGGUUGUGACUCCUGCGCUCUUUCCCCCGGGGAUUCCAUUACCACCAGCCAAGCGGCUGCCGGCAGAGCUGGAAUGUCCGCUGUGUUUCAAGGUGAAGAAAUUUCACAAGCCUUCCGACUGGACCAAACAUGUCCACGAAGACAUUCAGCCAUUUUCCUGCACCUUCCCUCACUGUGCCGAAUCCAAGUCAUUCAAACGGAAAGCAGACUGGGUACGGCAUGAAAAUGAACGGCAUCGUCACUUGGAAUGGUGGAAGUGCAGCAUCCAAGAAUGUUCGCACGUUUGCUUCCGCAAAGACAAUUUUGUGCAACAUCUUGUCCGAGAGCAUAAGAUGAAGGAGCCCAAGGUACGGGCCCGCGGAUCCGGCAGCAGUAAAAACAAGGCCGUCAACAAUGCGGGCUGGUCGGUUGGACAAGAGGACCAUGAGAUGUGGCGCCUGGUCGACUCGUGCCGAAAUGAGACAUCCAACAAGUCACGGGACGAACCGUGCCGAUUUUGUGGCAAUGUAUGUUCGAGUUUCAAAAAGCUGUCGGUACACAUCGGCAAACACUUGGAACAGAUUGCCAUGCCUGUACUGCAAUUGGUGAGCAUGCGUGAAGUAGCGCCAGACACGGUCGUCAGCCCAGUUGAUCAGGUUUCGACGGCACCAUUGACUUUUUCGACGGGUCCUGGUGCGACGACUAACAUGGAUGGCAACAAUCUAUCUCCCUAUCCUGCGAGCGCGACAUCGGCAUACCAAACAUCAUCAGCAGGACAGUCUCCUGCGUCACUUCCCGGCCGGUCUCAAAACAGCGGCUACCAUUUCGACCCUGGCUUUUACACCCGCCAUGUCUUGACGCCGGUGAUGCAACCACGACUGGCAGGUAGCGCGUACGGCGGUCCGGUAUCCAUGCCAUCACAGUCGCACGCGUACAUGAGCACGUCUGAAUACAUGCAGGUCGGUGACGGGGGACACCCGCACGAGUACGAUGUAUCCCCACAGAGUGUGAUAGUGACGCCACAUUCGCAGCCAGUCCCCGCGCUAUACAAUGACCAGUUGUUCAACUCGACCGGUGCAGAUUAUACGCAGACGCCCAUGGUUGGGAUGUACCCAAAUGUGCCAUUGACGCCAGGGUUCGUCCCUCAAUAUGCCUCGCCCAUGCUGCACCAGCCUUCGGGUCACUCGCCCAUGGCAAUGGACAGCAAGUCCGGGCUGGGAUUACAGACGAUGCAUCAAAACUACGUGUUUAGCGCCCCUGGGGAUGGGGAGGCAGGGCCGAACAUGCAGUAUACACAGUAG